AAACAGUCUCCGGUGAUUCCGGAGCUUUGCUCUUGCUUCCAAAGCAACGGCCUCUGGAGCAAAUGGCUACAUAGCUAUUUGUCAGAUUGUGCAGGGUCUGGCCACUUGUUCACAACUCACAAGACCUUGCAGCUCGGUUAACCUGAUGUUUCAUGGAACUAUCACAGAAGAGCUAAUCAGUCAUGAAGAAUGGAGUCACUAUAAUCAAAACAUAAUAGAAGAUCAGAAAGAUUUUGUUUUUGUGAAGUUCAAUGGUCUUCAUUUAAAAUCUAUGGAAAAUUUGCGACCUUGCAUCUCUCUCAGAGUAUGCAUCUUCUCAAACAACUUUAUUACAGAUAUCAGUGCACUUCAGAGUUGUAUAAAAUUAGUCAAACUUGAUCUCCAUGGAAAUCAGGUAAAGAGUCUACCAGAUGACAAGUUUUGGAGUAGACUAAAAAACCUAAAACUUCUCUAUCUCCACAAUAAUGGGUUUGCAAACUUGAAGAAUGUGUGCACGUUAUCCGCCUGUCCGAGCCUCGUUGCCCUCACCAUGUUUGAUUGCCCAGUAAGCCUUAACAAAGCAUAUAGACAGACCCUUGUCAACAGUGUACGUAGUCUCAAAGCCUUGGAUCGUCAUGUGAUUUCUGAUGAAGAAAUAAUUCAGACCUGGCAUCUUCCUGAAAGAUUCAAAACAUAUAACCAGCGGCUUUUCUUUAAUUUCUGCCCUGCUUUGAAAAAGGGAUCAACCUAUAUGGAUGAAAUUAAUAAUAUCAAAUAUAUCAUUUCAAAAAUUAAUAAAAUUAUGGCUCAUAAUUCACCAGUUUUGAUUAUUCAAAGAUGGAUACGUGGUUUCCUAGCUAGAAAAUAUUUCAGCUCCCUGUUUCUGCAUAAAAAACAUCAAGGAAAAUUUAUUAGGAAACGUGAAACAAAAUUGAUUUGUGCACACAGAAGAUAUGAUGAUAAGGUUUUUAAGAAUCUCAUUUUUAAGCCUGGAACAAAUAUAACGGGAAAGCUUGCACGAUGGAAACAUAAUAUACAUUUUCCUGCUGCUUUAGAAUAUUCUAGUAAACGGAAAAAACAGGUUUCCUCUCCUUCAUAUGAAUUAAAAACAAAAGGUAUUGGCAAAAAACAAAGACAUCUCAUUCAAAAAGGUCAGGAGUCUGAGCAUGAAACUGAGGAUGAAGGAUUGCAUGCCAGUUUUAGGGUAUCAGUGUUGAAACCACCCAUACAUUCUCCAGAUUCAUUGAAAUACACUGCAGUAUUGAAAGAGAAGAAACAAGAUUCUUCUCCUGCAUAUGCCACGCCAUUUCCUACCACUCAUCAAAAACCAGUAAUUAAAAAACAACACGUGCCGUUGGAGAAGAAUGCAAGAAGAGAGUUUUUGACAGCACCCAGAACUAGUAUAAAACUCAAACCACUUUCUGAUAUUGAUAAAUACUACUUAGAACAAAAGAAGCAGGAUAGCCAUAAGAAAAAAGUAAUAGCUGUAACCAAGGCUCAAGCUGCUGAAGAAAAAGCCAGUUUAGCUGUUCAAGAGACUUUACACCAGAAAAAGUACGCUGCACAAAAACAAAUGGCAGAAGAUAAGAGGGCCAUUCAGGCUGGUUUGUACCGACUGUGGCAGGACAGAGUCAACUACCUGGAAAAAGUUAGAGAAAGGAGGGCUUUGUUUCUAGAAGAAAAAGAGCAAAAAGCGAAAGAACGUUUAUUAAUUCUACAAUUAAAUAAUGAGCGCACUGUUUUGACCAAAGGAAUAACUAAAAUCGACAGAUUGAAGAAAAAUGAAGUUCUCUUAAAAGAGAAACGUCUGAUUGUUAAGAAAAAAGUAGAAGCAGAAAAAUAUCAAAAAAAUUUACUUAAAUUCAAUAAGGAAUUUAGGGCUCAAGAAGCAUAUAAAAGACACUGUGAAGAAAAAUUUGUUUUAAAUGUGCUUGGCUCCCAAAAAGCUUCUGAAAGAUUACAAGAUGCUAAAGCAAGAGUAGCCAUUGUGAAAGCAAAUUUACUCCUAAAAGUUCCCAGUGGAAUGACAAAAUGAACCAAUGCCAGGUCACACGCCAGGGUCAUUCUCAAUCAGGACCAUUAUUUUCAGUUAAGAGACUUUGAAAUAAUACUAUAAAAGAAGAACUACUCUGUCACAAGAUGGAUUUGUAUGUAAAUAUUUCUAAAAUAUAAAAAGUAAUGAAAAUGUUUCUCUUACUGUUCAUAAUUUAACUUAAAUCAAGUUGACUUGUCACCCGUAAAGGUUCCUUAUAUAUAUCCACAGUCCCAAGGAGCAGUGAAACUGAUCUGAUCUCUUUUAUUGCAGGAAGCGUUGUAAACAUGUUGCUUGUGUUGCUUCAUAUCCAGAGUGUAGCAUCUUGCAAGUGAUUUUCAGUUUCUCUGGCAAUCUCACCGUAGUUAUUUCUGUCACGAUGGCUGAGUUUUAUUAAGUCCCUGUGUACUUUGAUUAGUUUCAUUACCUGCUUUCAUAUAUUUAAUUAUAUUUUCUGUUUAUUUUUUAAAAACAAUAUCUGAAUUGUUUUUCAAAAUAAAGUUUUUACAUCUACAGCAGUGAUUCAUGCUCUUAAAUUCAGAAAAGUUAAAAUAUGGAAGAGAAGUUAAACAUUUCUGUUAACUUUGUUAUAAGAUCUUCUAUAUUUCUGAUGUGUUUGCCUUUGCAUAUAUAUAGCAAAAAGGAAGAGGGAGAAGACGUACAUAAUUAAUUGUGAUCAUAAAGUAUACAGAAGUGAGAUUUACUAAUUUUAAGUCUGUGCAACU